AAAACAAGUGUUAAAUUUUUAUUUAAAGUGUCGAAAAUAAAUCCUUGUUAAAAUGAAUCAUUUAUCACCCCCACCCUCCCCACAAUCCAAGGCCGCUCAAUUGAGUAAUUUCGGUUCAGCUGCCUCGUCGGCGUCGGUGGAUUCCAAAAAUUGGAUACAACGAGCUUCGGCCUUUAACAAUGUUAUGGCCACAGCUGCUGCCCAACAACUUAAUACCAGAGAUAUACCGCCCAUUCUCUACAAUCCCCUGCUAUACUCAAGUGCCCUGUUGUGGCCACAAUUCCUACUAUCAUCAGCCUCCGCCUUACACACACCCCAUACACCAAUUACCCCAAAAUCUCCCUUCAAUGCCAGCCUUAAUAGUCGGGAUUAUGCUCUCACUCCCGAAAAGGAGGAUUUAUCCGGAUCCUCGCAAGAAGAGAACACCAGCCUUAAUGAAGAUAUGCCAUUGAAUUUGUGUAUCAAACGGGAAUCCGCCAAUGAGGAACAAGCCUCCUGUAGUGGCACACCACCACCCUUAAGAGCGGUUAAUCUCAAAUCUUCCUCACCCAAAACCCCCGAAGAUGAUUAUGAAACAUCGGUGAAAAUACGAACACAUCAUAGCAAUUCCAUUUGGUCACCGGCCAGUAUGUGUGCCCAAAAGAAAAACACCAGUCUGCCGCUGGCCGCCAACACCCACAAUACGGAUGAGGAACAAAUGGAAAUGGAUCCGAUUGUGAGAAAAUUCAAAUAUGAAAGACGCAACAGUUUUAGCCGUCAACAAUCUGUACAGGACAGCAAUCUCCUUACACCACUCUCCUCCAUUUCCGGACCAGCCACUUUUCCCCGCUCAAAUUUCUCGAAUCAUAAAGCCAACAUUGAAUUGGAAACGGCUCAACAGCAACAAAUCAAUGCUCAUCGCAAUGCCUUUAUGGCCGGACUGGCCGGCAACAAUUUGGAAUUGCUCACCCAACAUUUGAAAGCUCAGACACAGCGUGAAUUGGAGUUGUUGUGUCAGCAGCGUGUUGAUUUAUUCGUACACCAACAACAGCAGCAACAAACAUCCAGUGAUAACGAUAGUAUUAGUGAGGAUUACCACAAGGAGCAAGAGAAUAAAUUGUCAUUGCUGCAGCAACAUCAUCAUCAGUAUAUGGCAGCUGCAGCAGCGGCGGCGGCAGCAGCAUCACAACAACAACAGCAGCAACAACAUCCUGAUUCAACAGCAGCCAUUGGUGGUAGUCCAGCAGAUGGUCUACAUUCGUCAUCGUGUCAUCCGGACAGUGAUGGUGGCCACAGUGGUGGCACAGCAUCGAACAGUGGCGAAAAGCGAGUGGCCAGAAAUUUUCAGUGUAAGCAGUGCGGCAAGGCCUUCAAACGUUCCUCAACAUUAACCACCCAUUUGCUGAUACACAGCGAUACCCGGCCAUAUCCUUGUCAGUAUUGCGGCAAACGUUUCCAUCAAAAAUCCGACAUGAAGAAGCACACAUAUAUACAUACUGGUGAAAAACCCCACAAAUGCACGGUGUGCUUUAAAGCUUUCAGCCAAAGUUCCAAUCUUAUUACCCACAUGCGUAAACACACCGGCUACAAGCCCUUCGGCUGUGGUCUCUGCGAUCAGGCCUUCCAACGUAAGGUCGAUUUGAGACGUCAUCGUGAGAGUCGUCAUGAGGAUCAUUCCAUGUCCACGGGGCCAAGUAGUCAGCCACCAACAAUGAUUAAAAUGGAAGUGAGCAGCAGUUGUUAGAGAAACAUGGAAUUAAAGAAGUGCUGCCAAGUUUUUUGUUUAAAGCCAAAGUUUAGACCACCAACAAAACAAUGGAAAACAACCAAUCCUCUUUAAGAAUUUACCCCACCAACCCACAUGCAAAAAAAAAGAAGAGAAACUAGAAAUCCAAAACAAACAAACAAACACAAAUUAUAUAUAUACAUAAAUACAUACAUAUAUGGAAGUCAAUUUAUUUAUAUACAAACUAAUUAUCUAAAAAGAAUUUAAGUGUAAAAUUAACAAAAAAAAUAUUAUAUUUUUUUUUAAGAAUGCAAAACAAACAAACCAAUCCAUCCCUCCCUCCCCCAAAACCCCUAGCCAUUAACUAGUUUUUAAUUAACAAAUAAUAAUUUAAGGCUGUAUAGAAUUUUUAAUUUUUAGACAAAAACAAACAAGCAAACAAAUUGGAAGACUUUUGAUUUAAAUUUUAGUUAUUUUUUUAUUAAAAAUUAAAAUAUUAUAUUUUAUUUUAGAAAAGUUAUUACAAAAAUAUUUAGUUUUUUUUAAUUUUUAUUUCUAAUUAUUUUUAUUAAACAUUUUAUUUGUUUUUCUUUUAAUUUAUAUU